UAAGACUGACGAGAAGAGAGGGAGGGAAGAAUAGGGAAUAAGGAAACACACACGAUCGUUGGUUGGUGUCGUUGGUUGGCAUGUCAUGCGUGUGUGUUGGUAGUCUUCUUCUCAGUGGUAGGCACGGAUUAUUGAACACUAAGGAAAGUAUCACCAUGGACAGCAGACUAAAUUUUCUUUCUACGAUCUCUACUAGAAGAAGAACUUAUAGAAAAAUCCAUUUGAUUUUCUUCCUAACAUUUGUAUAUUUGGCAUCAACUGGCAAUCAAAAUUUAACUGAAUGGUCUAAAAGCCGUGAAAAGAGAUAUCUCAUAUGGGCAAACUCAGGAUCCACAAAGCUUGGUCUUAGCAUUUCAAUUCCAGUAAAUUUGUACGACAAGAAGAAAUGGCGAACAUUCAAUAUGAUCUUCAAUUAUGGAUUUAAUUACGAUAUGCCUCACCAUGCUCAUGAUUGGUUAGGCAACUUUAACUAUUGGCAAAUGUCAAGAUCAAGUGAACCUAGAAGAACAUUUGUGCAACCGGACGAAAUUGACCUUACUGGAAUGUAUAUUUAUGCAGUGUUGGAGAAUUACAUGACAAAUAGUGGUGUCAAUGGAAGGCAGUGCAUGCAACGGGCUAUUUGUGAAAACGCACAGGUGUUGUACGACGACGAUGCACAUGACUUUGCUGAGAAGAUUUAUCAACAAAUGAUGACUCCAGAAGAAUCAAGUGAAGAAUAUUAUAAAGACGCUUAUAUUGAGGGUACAAAAGGUGUGGAUUGCCUUCAAACAUAUUCCAAGUGUCCAAUUGGAGACAGUUUUCUUGAUAAUUUUGUUCAAUAUCAGUAA